AUGAGCAGGCAGCAGGAGACCACCACAGAUGGGACAGAAGACUACUCUGUGCAGCAGGAGAAUGAGCUGGAAGCACUCGCCUCCAUAUUUGGAGAUGACUUUCAGGACCUCCGUAGUAAAGACCCGUGGAAGGUUAAAAGACCUCCAGAAGUAUACCUCUGCCUUCGUCCCAACGGGUUAAAUCACAAACAGGAAUGCUACGUGACAGUGGACCUGCUGGUCAAGUGCCCAGCAACAUACCCAGAUCUGCCUCCAGAGCUGGAGCUUAAAAAUGCCAAAGGUCUCUCACACGACAUCCUCCAAAACCUUCAGCAUGAAAUCACCAAGUUAGCAUCUACCCGAUGUGGCGAGGUGAUAAUUUAUGAAUUGGCAGACCACAUCCAGGGCUUUCUGAGCAAAUACAACAAACCUCCAUCUCGCUCCUUUCAUGAGGAGAUGCUUAAAAACCAGCGAAAACAGCAGGAGAAGAGAGCCCUGGAAGAGCAGCAGAAGAUGGACCUACAGCGGAGACAAGAGGAAGAAAUGGAAAAAGAAAUAAUGGCUGUGAUUCAAAUGAGAGAGGAUCAGAAACGAGAGGAAAAGAGAAGAAAAGAAAUGGCCAAACUGGAGCUGUUAGAAUCCAUUGAGCAAACAAACUCAGAUAAAAGUCCUUCAAGCCCUGUCUCAUCCCCUCCGGAUCUGUCAGAAAUCAAGAAAAGCAUUGCCAAUCGCCGUCGAACUACCUCAAACUCCCGUCACCGGCGGGAUACGUUUAAUGAAGAUAACAACAGAUCACAAGAACUCAUUCAUUUCAGCAGCACAACAUUUGGAGAACUUCUCGUCCACAAAGGCAAAAAUUUGGGACUGAGUGAGAGGCUCGGUCGCAGCGUUCACUACGGGUUUGAGGGGAACUCUGGGGACUUUGUGGUGAUCUAUGAGUGGUCUUUGACGUGGAGCAAGAAAAUGGGCAAGUUUUUCACCAGUCAAGAGAAAGGAAAGAUCGAAAACUGUAAAAAACAGAUCCAUGGUGCAGAAAAUGAGCUGAACUCUCUCCUGCGGCUGGAGCACCCAAACCUGGUGCAUUAUAUGGCUCUGAGCUCCAGUGAAAAGGACGACUAUAAGCUCUGCCAUUACACAGGGCAGCUGCUGUCCGCUCUGGAAUACCUCCACUGUAACUCUGUGGUUCACAAGCAGCUGGGGGCAUCAAGCGUGAUUUUAGACUCAGAAGGAAACGUGCGCUUGACCGAUUAUAGUUUGUCUAAGAGAUUUGCAGACAUUUGUAAAGAAGACAUUUUUGAGCAAUCACAUGUGCGUUUCUCCGAGGCCACUGCCAUGCCCACCAAGACGGGUAAAAAGGGGGACGUCUGGAACUUUGGUCUGAUGCUGCUCAGUCUGAGUCAGGGCCGAGAGGUGACGGAGUAUCCUGUGACUGUGCCCUCAAGUCUGCCUGCGGACUUUCAAGACUUCCUUCAAAAGUGUAUGUGUUUGAAUGAUGGCGACAGGUGGACACCUCAGCAGCUCUUGGAACACACUUUUCUAAAGCCUCCAUUUCCUAAAUCACCUCCACACUGCCAGGACGCCAGCCCCGAAGAUCUUGUGGUCUUUGCAUCAUCGGUUAUACCGCAGAGCCACAUCCUAAAUGCUCCCUUUAGCUCAGUGGUGCAGAGGCAGUUUUCCCGCUAUUUUAAUGAGUUUGAGGAGCUCCAGCUACUUGGAAAAGGUGCCUUUGGUGCUGUUAUAAAGGUUCAAAACAAACUGGAUGGUUGCUACUAUGCCGUGAAGCGUAUCCAGGUGAAUCCAGCCAGCAAACAUUUCAGAAGGAUAAAGGGCGAGGUGACGCUGCUGUCUCGCUUAAAUCAUGAAAACAUUGUUCGCUACUAUAACGCGUGGAUUGAGAAACACGAAAAGCCUUCUGUGGGCGCACUGAGCAACACUGACAGCUCGGAGCCACAGACGCCGGAGAAAAACUCUCCAGAAAAGAGGCCUCCAACAAAGAACAAGUUUGGACUCCUGGACAACGUGGAGGACCUGGCGCCCCCUCCUGCUCUGUCCAGCGCCGUCGAAUGGUCCACAUCCAUUGUGAAGUCUUCAAGUGCCAAGUGCAGUGGCCCGGCGUCCAGUGAUGAAGACGAUGAGGAUGAUGAGGAAGAUGUGUUUGGUGCCUCCUUUUUGCCAUCAGACAGUAGCUCCACGAGUGACAUCAUCUUUGACAACGGGGAUGACAGCAUAGAUGAGCUGUCUCAGAUGGAGCAAAGCAAAAAGCACGGGGUUGACACGAUGGAGAGUACAGAUUCAGAGCGAUCAUUAGUAGCACAUUACUUGUACAUACAGAUGGAAUACUGUGAAAAGAGUACCUUAAGAGACACAAUAGACCAUGAGCUUUACAUGGACCAAACUCGGCUUUGGAGAUUGUUCAGGGAAAUCCUGGAUGGUUUGGCAUAUAUUCAUGAGCAGGGUAUGAUCCACAGAGACCUGAAGCCUGUCAACAUUUUCCUGGACUCUCAAGAUCACGUGAAGAUUGGGGACUUUGGACUUGCGACUGGUCAUCCAGCUAAUGCAGCUGCAGUUAGUUGCAAAGGAGACGAGGUGGCGAUGGCACCCAAAUCAGACCCCAGUGGUAAUAUGACUGGCAUGGUCGGCACUGCCCUGUAUGUGAGCCCAGAGGUCCAAGGAAACACUAGAGCCACCUACAACCAAAAAGUGGAUCUGUUUAGCCUGGGCAUCAUCCUGUUUGAGAUGUCCUACCGUCCAAUGACCACUGGAGCAGAGCGUAUCACUGUGUUAAGCCAGCUGCGUGUGGAACCCAUUACAUUUCCAGAGGACUUCAAUCUGAAUAAUCAAGGAACACAGAGGGACGUGAUAGAGUGGCUGUUAAACCAUGACCCUGCCUUUCGGCCUACUGCUCAAGAGCUGCUCAAAAGUGAACUCCUGCCACCCCCUCAGAUGGAAGAGUCGGAACUGCACGAGGUUCUGCAGCACACCAUGGCUAAUGUGAAUGGAAAGGCCUACCGCACCAUGGUGGGCCAGCUGUUCGCCCAGAACAUGUCCCCCGUCAUGGAUUACACCUAUGAUAUUGAUCUGCAUAAGGGCAGCUUCAGCCACACCGGGGCCAAAUGGCAGCAGCAUGUGUACGAAACCAUCACCCGGAUCUUCAAGAAGCACGGGGCGGUACGUCUCCAAACUCCCCUGCUUCUGCCGCGAAACAGAAAGUUGUACGAGGGCUGCGAGCCGGCCUGUUUCAUGGACCAUAGCGGAAUGCUGGUCACGCUGCCCUUCGACCUGCGGAUGGCAUUUGCACGGUUUGUGGCACGCAACAAUGUCACUCAGCUCAAGAGGUAUAGCAUCGAAAGAGUGUUUCGGCCCAGAAAGCUGGACCGUGCCCACCCGAGAGAACUUCUGGAGUGUGCUUUUGACAUCAUCACUACUGUCACAAACAGUCUGCUCCCUGAUGCAGAGACAAUCUACACCAUUUAUGAAAUUAUUCAAGAGUUCCCUGCUCUUCAGGAAAGGAACUACAACAUCUACGUAAACCACACAAGCCUCUUGAAGGCCAUCCUGCUCCACAGCGGAAUCCCAGAAGACAAACUGAGCCAGGCCUCUAACAUUCUGUGCGACGCUAUGUCUGAGAAGCUGACCAAACGAGAGGUUGAGGCCAAAUUCUGCAACUUCUCUCUGUCCACCAACAGUCUGCAGACGCUGUACAAGUUCAUAGAACAGAAGGGCAGUCUGCAGGACCUGGCUCCAAUACUGGCUUUUCUCACCAAACAGAAAACUGCGGUCACACAGCUCGCCAAGCAGGGUCUCAAGGACCUGGAGGAGCUUACCGUUCUGCUCAACAGGCUGGGAGUUAAAUUACCGGUUGUGAUCAACUUGGGACUGGUGUACAAAGUCCAGCAUCACUCAGGGAUCAUUUUCCAGUUUGUUGCGUUCAUUAGGAAACGCAAAAGAACAGUUCCAGAUAUAGUGGCUGCUGGAGGCCGCUAUGAUCAUUUGAUUGUGGAGUUUCAAAGCCCAGCGUCCACAGCCCCAGUCACCUCCGCAGUGGGGGCCAGCGUGGCUCUGGACAAAGUGUGUGCGGCUUUGGCCAGCAUGGAGGAUCCGCCCCCUAUAAGCUCCUGCGAUGCGCUGGUGGUUCCAGUUGGUCACUCGUCAUUAUCCAAAGCCAUCAGCGUUGUCCAAAAGCUGUGGAGCACGGGCGUGUCCGCAGACCUAAUCUACGACGUCUCCCAGUCUCAGGAAACUUUGAUGGAUCAAUGCAGACUGUCUGGUGCCACCUGUAUGGCCAUGGUCUCUGACAAGGAAGGCAACUACGUGAAGGUGAAAUCCUUUGAGAAGGACAGACAAUCUGAGAAGAGAAUCCCUGAGAAUGACUUGGUGGAUCACAUUGUUCAGAAAUGCCGGUCCAAAUUCUUUGAAGAUCGAAACAUCAGGGAAAUCUCAGAAGGCAUGUCUCUCCCCAAUCCCAAAGGAUCACUGCUGAACACCACAGGAUCGUCAGAGCAGCACGGAAGCAGCACCACUGUGAAUAUGAAUGUGAACGUGAUCAGCCCAGAGAAAGUUUCUUCAAGCGCUCGGCGACGUUACGAGACCCAGAUCCAAACCAGAUUACAGAAUCUUGGCAGCAAUUUACAAAACAAGAGCAGUGACAUUGAGGUCCUCGCGGUGGACCUGCAGAGGGAAACUCUGAUCAACUUCCUGUCUCUUGAGUUCGACAACGAAGAGCAGUUCAACGGCAGCGUGAAGACUCUCCUCUCCCGCCUCCCGAAGCAGCGCUACCUCAAGUCCAUCUGUGAAGAGCUUCACCAUUUGAAAAUCAUUAAGAAGGUGGCUGUGGUGGUUCUCUACAGCUACAAAGACGACUAUUACAAGAUCCUUCUUUAG